GAAUCCAACAAGCAAAACCUCAACGCUGCAAAAAUCAGUAAUAAUUUUGGGGCGGGGAGUGGGAGUGGGUAGGGGAGGGCGUUUCUCAUGAGGAAUCACAAAAUCGGAGUUGUUCAUUAUUUAUUUUGUUUGUUUGUUUGUUUGUUGACAGUCUUGAAGUCAUGGAUCGAUGGGUUGAUGUUGAUUCGUAUCCUUGCUGUACUGUACGUAUGUAGUUCUGUAUUGGUCGCGAGUCUGUCUGUCUGUCUGUCUGUCUUCAUAGAGUGGGGAUCGGGAAGCUUGGGUUUGAAGUGCGUUUCUGCUGUGUGUAUUUGUCUCUGUCUGUGUUUUCAUGGGGAAUGGGGGAUGGGGAAUCAUGAAUCAGGAAUCUUGAGAUGGGUUUUAUUUAGUCUUUUGCUUGGUUCUGGUUAUGAGGUAUUGAAUGCGUUGAGAGGAUGUUCAUAUUUUAUUUCUUAUGGGUUAUGGGAUAUUGUGUGGUUUACUUUCAUGACUAGUUAGUCAUGAUCUGGUCGUUUGGGGGUGUAUUCAUACUUCCUCUCUUUGUGAAUCAUGAAAUAUUGUGUAUUUCGAGUCAUAUCACCCAUCUUCUGAGGUGUAUUCAUACCAAAUAUUUGGAUUAAUCAUGAGGAAGCAUGAACUUGAUAGAAGAAAAUGGUCGGUGUGGCACCUCGAUAUGCGCUUAAAUAGGUUGGGAUGUCCUUCCUCGAGAAGUGUUUCUUCUUAUUCUUUGUGUAUGCUCUACUUUGAAGAAGAUAUUGUGAUAUCAGAUACUUCUUUUGAAUUGGAGACACAGUUGAAGAUCGUGCGGUCUAAGACCAUACAUAUUGAACUCACAUACUAGUACUCUCUCACGCAAUUUUUGUUCUCGAUUUUGUUAACACCAUACAAGAAUCGCGAUUUCACAUCUCAAGCUUGCAUCCUCGUCAACUACACUGUCGCAUACUCUACUGUCAUACACUCGAUACUCGAUACUAAAACAUAAAUACCACUCUCGACAAGCCAUACCGACAUUUGUUUUUAAGACCACCCACAAGCUGUUUCUCAUUGCGACGUCGAAGACUAUCUAUUAUUCUUGAUCAACACGACUGAAACCAAUCGAAGAAUUUGCUGUUGAAUCAAAGCUUCACUCUCCAUCACUGUCUUUUGUUCACUUUGAGCUUUUUAGUAUUUUGACUUUUCGUUACUUGAAGUUCGAGGCCUGCGCUACUCGUCAAUGAUGUGUGCAUCACGUUCCUCUCGUCAUAGUAGCCACAUAUCACGCUCAAAUCGUGGCAGUGGUAGUAGCGGUACUCGUCGCCAUAACCCCCCUCUCCGCGCUCUCGCCCCCAGUCCCUCCUUCGCCCUCGUUCAAGCUCCUGAUACCGUUCCCAGAGAAUACUGGCCUUGGGAUGAGGAAAUAGAAGACGUGUUAUUGUUCUUUGCAUAUGGCUUACGCCGCGAUAAUUUCCAGCUGGGUGGUGACAAAUUGCUGGGCAGAAUGGCACGCAAAGGGUGGGAUGUUUUAACAGAUUUGAUGAAUGAGCUGAUCACGGUUAAUAAUUAUGGAUAUAAACCGCUUUUAGGUGGUGAAUUGCGUAUGAUUAUCAAUGAUACGAGCAGAGUAAGAGUAUACAGUAAGCUUCUAAAGGAUGCAGACGCACCAAAAAUACCACGAAAAUGGAUCCGCAAGGAAUUCCUGGACAUCGUUUUGAGUUAUCCCACACCAAUUGCAAAAUCCCUGGCCAUAGCGAACCACAACUCGGCUUUGCAAAAACCUGAAAUACGCUGGUUAUGGGGAGGCAUAGAUGUGGAUGGUAUAGAGAAAGCAGCACAAGCAAUAAGACAGCAUAACGAUUACAAGACUGGUGCUAGGUCUAUCCCGCCGUUUCCAGAAUCAGAGUUUUUCAGAAAGCCAGGUCUUGCGUUAGAAAACCAAAGUGAAUGGUCCUUGGAGAGUUAUGAUGCUGUCCGAGCACAAGAGCCAUAUCAUCACUCAUCAAUUCAACAACAAGUUGGUCAGCCAUUCAGUGGCUACCAGGGCAGCCCUUCAGUUAGUCAAGCAUCGGGUAUUCAACCAUACGGUACUCAACAGGCUGGUGAUUUCAUAUGUGACUAUUCACAGGGUUACGAAAGUGAACAGCAAUCAACUCAUCCUGCAGCUUAUCCUGGUCAACACACUCAGUAUCAAGAAAACCAGGGCAGUUUUUUAGAUAUUCAAGCAUCGACUAUUCAACCAUACGGUACUCAACAUGCUGGUGGUUUCAUAUGUGACUAUUCACAGGGUUACGAAAGUGAACAACAAUCAACUCAUCCUACAGCUUAUCCUGGUCAGCAUACUCAGUAUCAAGAAAACCAGGGCACUUUUUCAGGUAGUCAAUCGUGGGCUAUGCAACCUCUUACGGGUCAAACAUUGGCUACUCAAUCGUACGUAGCUCAGCCGUCCGAUGCGUAUACGGGCGUUCAUUCACGUGGCUAUCAAAGUGGUCAAGGUGGUCAAGACGAUCAGUAUUAUUAUAACCAAUGAAUUGAUCCCAAGGUAGAGUUUGUAUCGCUACCACGCAUUCCACCCCUGAUAUCAAUGUCUUUCAUAUUCGCUAGUUUUCCAAUAGGAUGUACGAGAUUCAAGAAUAGGAACGAUGAUUGAAAUUUGGGAGCUAUAGAACUGGAUUUGAAAGGGUAGCUUUAACAUACUUUCUUAUAUUUUUCAUGAUAGUUUAUGAUGGUUUACUAAGAUACUGAUUAUGGACAGAGAAAAUGGGGACUUCUAGACUUUCCAUUUUUGUAUGCCGAUGGUUGAUAUUAGUCUCAAAGAUGUUUCCUUGUUAUUUAAUAGGUUUUAUGGGCCACAGCGAGAGACAAAACUUGCUACGGGUUCUAGAAUAUUCAGCGUUGGAGUUUUAGGAAAAUAACAAAAAAGUCGUUGUCUUUUAGAAAUCA